CAGGAUGACAUUUUUGAAUGAUAUUGUGUUCUCAGUUGGGGCUGUUAGCUGUGUGUACAUUGUCAUUAACCUUCUUUCGACCAUCCUUGGAGGAUUAAGUACAUUUGUUGGCAGCAAAAAUCUCAGAGACUAUGGUUCUUGGGCAAUUGUGACAGGAAGUACUGAUGGGAUUGGUAAAUCAAUUGCAAAGGAACUGGCAAAGCAGAAAAUCAAUCUUGUCCUCAUUUCUCGUAAUGAAGAGAAGCUUUCUGCUGUGUCAAAGGAGAUCACUGAAAAAUAUAAUGUUGAAGUAAAGACAACUGCGGUGGACAUGUCUGUAACAACACCUGCUGAUUACACAAACAUUCACAACUCUUACAAAGAUCUUGACAUUGGAAUAAUAGUGAACAACGUUGGAUUGUCCUACGAUCAUCCAGAAUAUUUGGACGCUUUUGACACUGCGAGGAUGUGGAAACUGAUACACAUGAACAUUUUACCUGUCACUGCACUUACUAAGGAAUUUGUAGGAUCCAUGAGCUCUAACAAGAAAGGUUUGGUUGUAAACGUUGGUUCUAUGUCCGGGUUGCUUUCCACGCCUCUCCUCUCGGUGUACAGUGCUAGCAAGGCGUACGUGCACACUUUCACUGAUGCACUGCGCCAAGAGUAUGCUGAGCGCAACAUUCACUUCCAGGUGAUCUGCCCCAUGUUUGUGUCUACUGCUAUGACUGGAAUGCGUCCCUCCCGUAUGUGCCCAACUCCUGAUGCGUAUGCCCGGUCUGCUGUCGCUACUUUCGGUAAAACUGCCUUCACUUGUGGGUACUGGGCCCAUUCCCUGCAGACGACCAUAUAUGGGCUUGUUCCCAAAUUCGUUAUAGAUUCGAAUCAACUGAAAGUCUUGAAAAAAGGAAGAGCUCGUUUCUACAGGAAACAGGAAGAAAAGAAGGAGUAGUUGAAGUGAAGGAAUUUCAAAAAUGUCAUCCUACUUUAUAAUUAUUAAUGAUUAUCUGAUUAAUUAUGUUUUGUUACCUGAAUAAAUUAAGGCUGGCCCUGAUUAAUUCGCCUAUUUUGAGCUACUUAAGGUAACUUUUAUAUGAUUACAGGGGAUUUGUAACUUAAGCUUUUUAUUAAAGAUGUUUCUUAUCGUUUGUGUUUUGCUUCAGUUGAAAAUCUUUUUGUUUGUUUGUUAUAUAUUAUGUACUCUAUUCAGAA